GUAAUGUGAAGCUCAUUCAUUGUCAGCGCCUCAUUUAUACUCGGUCCACGGGAUUUAUGUCUCAGCACGAGCUCGAGUGCUCAGACUGCCGAAGAGUGCUGAAGUUUGGGAGUCUGACGGGGUUUUCAAUAUUAAAUGUACUUUUUAAAGCAAGGCAGUGAGUCAUUCAAUAUCAAACACCUGCACCAGUAUAAAUGAGUUAACCUCACUACAUCCUGGACCCCUAUUCAUCCAUAUACAUUCAGCUGGAAUCAUUAGAGGAGGAAAACAACAACAACAAUGUUCUCGAUCUGCCGAACCUGCCUCAGAGGAAUCUACAGUUGUCAAUGGAACAGUCAAACCAGGACACAAAAUAGGGCUUGCUGCUGGUUCUCCUUUCUGUUUCUUGUGUCCAUACUUGCCCUGAGUUGGAUGUACGUUUGUUUUAUUGCCUUCAACGACCAUGAUGAUGUAAACUGGCUUGCCUUCAAAACCUUAAAAAAAUGGGUGAGCUGGUACAUGAUAGUGAUGGUUGUUUCUGCUGUGCUGGCCAUAUACUGCCUUCUUCUGCUGGUGUUUGGAUUGCUGCAUUUAGCAAUCAGAGAGCCCUUAAAUUUACACUGUCUGCAUAAGGUGUUUCUGUUUUUAGGUCUCCUCACUGUUACUUUAGGCACAGCUGGAAUUUGUAUAAAAUGGAAAGAGGAGUGGAAAAGUGUCUAUAUGUCAUUUCAGGCCACUGCUCCUUUCCUGCAGCUGUGUGGUGUGGUGGCUUUGACCUUGAUCAGCUGGCUGGUGUUCCAGAGUUAUCAUAGAGCAAAAACAGCUGCUUGUAAGGUUUUAAUAAUGAUGACCUUCCUGGUAGUGUCUGCUGCUGUGUUUCUCUCUCCUCUUGCUAUCUGCUCUCCAUGCAUUACCAAUAAUCUUCCCCCAAAACCAGCUCUCAUUGGACACCGCGGUGCUCCGAUGAUGGCUCCAGAGAACACCAUGAUGUCAUUCAGGAAGAGUAUGGAGUGUGAUGUGGUGGCAUUUGAAACAGAUGUGCAACUCAGUAAGGACAAGAAGCCUUUUCUUAUGCAUGACAAUGGUUCAAGUUUUUUGCUGCGAACAACUGACGUGAAGGAUAAGUUUUUAGGUCGGGAUGGCGACGUGAACACUAACUUCACAUUAGAGGAGUUAAAGACUUUAAAUGCAGGCGAAUGGUUUGUAAGGACAGAUCCAUUUCAGUCAGUGGCAUCGCUCUCAAAGGAAGAGAAGAUGGAGGCUAAUAACCAGACAGUACCUUCUCUUAAUGAGCUCUUAGUCAUGGCCAAAACGCAUAAUGUCUCCCUCAUAUUUGACCUCAAAAAUGAUGAAAACUCAACAGGAUUCCAAAACAGUGACUCCUACUACACCACUGAAACGAUCAAAAAAUCAGGCAUCUCACAAGACAAGAUAUGGUGGCUCCCUUCAGAAUUUAGGCACGAAGUGAGAAACAUUGCACCAGGGUUCAAGCAGGUGUAUCAUAAUGAACAAGACAUGAAUGCGGAUGGUGGAAGCUUUCUGAAUAUGAAAUACAGUUCACUGAAUGCUCACGAAAUAAGUGAGCUGCGGGAAAAAAAUGUGUCCGUGAAUCUGUGGGUUGUGAAUGAGCCCUGGCUCUUCUCAUUACUGUGGUGCUCAGGGGCCAGUUCAGUGACCACCAAUGCUUGCCACAUCCUCAAAAACAUGUCUAAGCCUGACUGGCAUCUGGAGCCUAAUAUCUACAUGGGAAUAUGGAUCUCGGCUGAUGUGAUAUCAUUACUGUUGAUGUUUGGCCUGUUUAUCUGGCAAAGGAGGAGGAAAAGCCAUGUUUUUCGUCAGAAUACAAGUGAGAGAAGUUAUCCUCUGCUUCCUCGCUGAAUGAUGCCAUCCCUGACACUACAGGGCAUUUCCCUGGUUCACUUUUUGAAGGAGUUCACGUGGGCAUUAUAAGAAAACCACACCAUGUUAAAUGUGCUAUGCAGUAAUUUCACAAUAUUUGUGCUAAUAAUGUAGACUGCAUAUACAAGACACUGUUUGAUUUGAGAAUUUAUAUAAUUAUUUUCUCAUUAGGGCAGCAUGUUAUUCAGUGCUGCCACCUCUUGACAGAUUUAUGUCAGCAGAACUGCAACUUUUCUUUAAUGACAAGAGUUUUUACAAGGGAUGUUUACUUUAUGUAAAAAAUUCUGGGCCUGUCCGAAACCUUAACAGUGUUCAGUGUCAAUAACAGAAAAGGUGUUUUGCAAUAUAACAUGAUGAGCACAAUAA